UAUUAAAUCUGUCUAUUAAGUCCAGCUGUCUUCCUUUACGACCUGUUGGAUGAAAUCACACAGUAAACAGGAUUGUGGUAACUGUAAUAGGUCUGCAUAACACCUGAGUGGAGACAUUGCUGUGGUCUGGAGAUGAAGAUGAGGUCCAGCAGUGUGUUCUUCUCUGUUGUAGUGGUGAUCAGCUGAGCAUAUCCCGUAGGAAAGAUGUCACACUGUAGUCCGGAGGUCUGUACACAGCUGCAAUCAGAGCACUUACUGGAGCUUCAACCUUCAAAGCCACAAACUCAAGGUGUCUUGUCCUGGAGUUCACCUGCCAGCCAAGGAUGAUGUGUAUCUCAGCAUGAGCUUCUUGGGACAGUUCAGUCAGUCCAAAUGUCUCCCUGCUGUCUUUCCCAUGCUGAUCCAUGAGAAGAUGAUGUUUGAAAAGAUUUUCAAGCAUGCAGUCGAUCCUGGAGACAUCGCAGUGAUGCUUGAGUAUGAGCCGGUCAGAGUUGAUCUGGUGCAGCUGACUCCUCCAGGAGGAGAGACUUUGGCCUGCCUUGAAGAAGACGCUCGACGUUUCUUAUUCCCAGAGCCCAAACUGCUUCCCUCGUUCUCCGGAGAAGAUCGAGAGGUUCUGAUGACCCGAGCACAUCACUUUCCAGGUAUCGCUCCCAGGUUGGAGUUUUCCAGCAAAACGACCAUCAUUGAGUGCUCUGCUGAUGCCAAGAUCAACGUUUACCCCAACAGGCUCCUGAGGCCGUUGGUGAAGAGGAACAGGAACCCCUCCAGCAGACCCCGGACCUCGUCUCCUCAGAGGAGGAAAGGUGUGAGGACGAACGGCAGCCCCAGAUCCCCCUCACACAUCCACAGAUCUCAGUCUCUGUCUCCUCUGAGGGCUGGAAACAGGGACCAGGACAUGAGCAGCACCUCUCAGCCUCUGAUCGCUUCAUGGCCUGGAGCCACAGGGUCUGCCUCACCCCGCCGCUCUGCUCUGUUUACCAGCUCCUCCUCACCUUUGACCCGAUCUUCAUCCACAGUGAGAUAUUCUCCAACCGGGAGAAGAAAACCCUUGUGCAAUGGUUUGGUCAGAGGGAUAUCAGACUAUGAAUCCAGCUCUUCAGAAACACAUGACCCACCUGACCCCCUCAGAGGUCCUGACCCCUCCGCACUGUGGCGGUCUUACAGGGAGCAGUCCAGGCUCAGCAGCUCUCACAGAGAAUGGGAGGAGGUCCAAGAGCGGGUUCGAGGACUCCUUACGACACCAAAAGCAGUACGCCGACUUGUUUACGGAGCGACACACUCAGAGGUUGACGAGAUUUUAGCCAGGAGGUCCAUCUCUCCUGGUCCACCAUGAUAAUCCAACCAGACUCUGGAAAGGGACGAAGGCCCUCACCUUACGACUCAGCCUUCAGAGUCUCUCCUGACGUGUGUGUGCAGGAUGGAGGUAUUUCACUUCACUGGUCUGAUGAAGGUCCUUGUGUUGAUGACAGAAUAACGUGUGUAAUGUUAAAUAAAGCUUUUAGAAUAGUAA